CAUCUCCUCGAUUCCGGCUAACAUGAUUAGCUUAGGUUUCCUUUUCAUCAUCUCCUCGAUUCCGGCCACCUGCAAUGCUCCGGCCUGUGGUUGAACCACCAUUUGCGCCUCCUCCUGCUCUGGAUUGCAUUAUUGCUCUCAGCUUACAGUAGUAAGAAUACUUUUCAUCUCGCUCUUCUGAACCAUCUUCCCCUUAGGAGGUCACAACAUGAUCAGUAAUAAACAAAGUGAGGUGAGGAGUUAAGUGGUUAAUUAACGGUAGUUAAGUCAUUAGUGUUCAAUUAGUUACCGUCAGUUACAUAUAGUUAGUUAUAGUUAGUUAUAAAGUAAAGAGUAGUUUGUAUAUGAUGUCAAACUAUAUAUAUUUGCUUCAUAUCAUUCGUUGUAUUCAGUUUUCCAUAGUAAAAUACAGAAGCUUCCAAUUCUCUCUUCCUCUGAUUUCAAUAGCGGCUUAGUUCACUGUGAUAAAAAAAUCUUGAAGUCUUUUGCAACAUGAAGAAGAAUCCGGUAAGCACGUUACGAAUUUUGAAGAAUUGCUUGCUGCAACAGCUUACUUCAAUAGGAUGAUUAGACGGUAUUGAAUUGAUGAAUUGACAAAUUCUGCAAUUUCUGUUCUCCAGCGAUUAACAUAGGUUUUGCAACGUUGAUUAUUAUUUUUUAACUUUUGGUAUAUUAAGUAGGUAAGUUUAGUGUAUUGUUUGAAUAUCAUUGAAUUUAUGACAUUGGAGAAUUAAUCUAACCCUAGGCUUGAAUUAACAUCAAGAUUUGAGCGAGUUCUUGGGUUAAGCCUGAAAGUUUUUUUCUUUUGGUGCGUAGACUUCAAAGCUUAUGAAAUUUGAUGAUAUGACUUCUUGAGUUUCGAUAUAUUGCUAGUUAUGAAUUUCAACUUUGAACUCUUCAGAUUAAGGUGUCUGUGUGUCCAUGAUCUAUUCGGGUCCUUAUCUUCUGUCUCUGUUUUUAUUAUACUUCUUUUUUUUUUUGAUGCCGUUCAAAUAUAUAGUUUUUCUUUAUAUUAUUACUAAUAGUGUUGCAGUGUUCUCCAGUUGAAAAUUCCUUCAGUUUCUUGUAAGUAACUACUGUAUGUUGUUGCAAUUUAUGGAUGCAUUUAUCAAAUUAGAUAUCCCUUUGGUCAUGAAUGAAUUUCUUAAAAUUCUAUUGAUUAAACUUGACCUUAGCUUCAUAUGUAUCUUUUUAUCAUUUUAUGUUGAAGUUUUAACUUCUUUUUCUUUCUCCUUUCUCUUGCCUGCUGACAGAAGAGAGUGAAAAAACAGAAACAACAUAAGAAAGCGUUGAAGUUUUAUAAAACUUGUUUUGGGUUUAGAGAGCCGUUUAAGAUCUUAUGUGAUGGAACAUUGGUGUAUACACUUGUUGUUAAAGACAUACCACUUAAGACUGCAUUGGAAAAUAGUCUUGGCGCCAGAGUUGAACUCUUUACAACCAGAUGCCUUCUUGCGGAGUUGGAGUUUGUUCUCUUAUCCAAAACACUGGAAGCAGAGAGUCUUCCCUUAUCCAAACAGGAAGCAGAGAGUCUUCCCAUAUCCAAAGCACUGGAAGCAGCUAAAAGUCUUUGUACUGUUGCACGAUUAGCAUUUAUUCUCUUCUUCUUAUUGCUUCUCUCCAGAGCAGGAUGUAUGUUGCUUCAGUUCUCACAACAGUCUUUUGAGUUAUGCCACAUCUUACUCUAUUGAAGAUGCGGCCAUGAAACAUGGAAACGUGCUGAAGAUUGCAUAACUGAAGUUAUUGGGCAGAAAAAUUCUCAAAACUUUGUUGUUGCUACUGAAGAUGGUCAUUUGCGUGGACGUCUUCGAAAGAUACCUCGUGUGCCCCUAAUAUCUGCUGUGGGGGAGAAAUUAUUUCUAGGAGAACCUUCACGAUCUCAAUAUCAGUUUGCCGAAUCUUCUGAAGCAGAACGUCUUCGUAUGGCUUACCAGGAGUACAUAAUGAAAAACAGGAGACUGUCCGAUGACAAACAAGGGAAUUCUUCCGUUGCAUCAGAGGAAAAGAUACAUGAUGUUUCACAGGCUCAGAUUAUCAAGAAAAAUGUUAAGAGGAAUGGAAGUGAUGUCAAGGAUAAAGUUUGCUUCAAGAGAAAGAAAGCUAAGGGUCCAAAUCCACUUUCAGUACUCAAGAAGAAAAAGAAGCCUGUGGUUACAAAUGAUAAGAAGUUAAAUAAUGGUGAGGGAAGUGUGAAAAGGAAGAGGAGAAGGAAGACGUCACAGAAAGAAGAUGAAACUCAAGAUGGUGAUUUGCGUGGAAGUCUUCGAGUGAUACCUUGUGUGCCCCUAAUCUCUGCUCUGGAGGAGGAAUCAUUUGUCGAAGACCCUUCACCAUCUCAAAGUCAGUUUGCCAAAUCUUCUGAAGAAGAACGUCUUCCUAUAACUGACCUGGAGGAUCAGAUUACUAAUAUAAAUGUGGAGCGCAAGGAUAAAGUUCGCAAGAGAAAGAAAGCUAAGGGUCCAAAUCCACUCUCAGUACUCAAGAAGAAAAAGAAGCCCGUGGUUACAAAUGAUAAAAAGUUAAAUAAUGACGAGGGAAGUGUGAAAAAGAAGAGGAAAAGGAAGACGUCACACAAAGAAGAUGUUGUUGUUGAAGGCAUCCACCAGUAAAUCUUAGUGAAAUGCUGAUGCUGAUGCUGUAUCGUAAUGAGAUAAUCUUCUCUAGAGAGCACCAUAUAACUGAAGACACAUGAAUUAUCGUAAUUAUUUUUCUCUUACAACUUCCAAGAAUUGAUGACAAUGGUUGAUUUUAAAUGCAUCAAGAGUUUCUUUAUUCUCAAACUAAA